GCUCUGUUCCAGGCUGUGAGGUGGGAAGGGGAUAUGUUAUUUCCGCUACUGGACGUGAUGCCGAUCGACUCGAAGGCCCUGCAACAAAGAGAUUUCACAGCUCAUCGCUGUUGCUUGCCUCCCGAUUCUUCUCGAUCAUCACAUAAAUUAAGUAAAUUGCCCACAUCCGAGACUCCAUGAGGGAGAAAGGAAGGGCCACAGCAAAAGCAUGGAGCACUCUGUAACAACGACGCUGCGGCACGGGAUGGCUGGGAGACUUGGGAGGCAGCAGGAGGAAUGAACGAGGUACGAAUCAAACAUAUAUAUUAAGAGCAUCAGCGGAUGCGAGGAAGGCUUUGUCGCAAACAUCGCUGGUAGAUACAGUACUACAGAAGCGCAUUGCAGAAAGACAAGUUUGGUGGGCUUGGACGUCAACAAGAAUGACACCGAAUCCAUCCUGAGAUCCACUUCCCAAGUUUACUGUUCCCUUGCUGCUGUUUCUUCUGCCGCCGCCGCCUCCUUUAUGCUGGGGUUCGUAGUGUAGCGGAAGCAAGAGCUUAGCUUUUCUGAGAGAGUGGCGCAAGAAUGGGAGUUCGAUGCUCCACAUUGUCCCUGUGCUGGUGGCCGACCCACUUCAAGUCCUCUGUGCUCGAGCCGGAUGAUCUCGAGAACGGGGGAGGCGACGGCGACGGCAUGUUCACGGAGUACAGCUUGGAGGAGCUGCGGGCCGCCACGGACGGCUUCUCGCCCGAACACAUCGUCUCGGAGCACGGGCAGAAGGCCCCCAAUGUCGUCUACAGGGGCCGCCUCUUCCCCGGCGACCGCGCCGUCGCCAUCAAGCGCUUCAACAAGUUCGCUUGGCCCGACGCCCGCCAAUUCCUCGAGGAGGCGAGGGCGGUGGGGCAGCUCCGAAGCGAGCGGCUGGCCAAUCUCAUCGGUUGCUGCUGCGAGGGCGACGAGCGGCUGCUGGUGGCGGAGUUCAUGCCCCAUGAGACCCUGGCCAAGCACCUCUUCCACUGGGAUACACAGCCUUUGAGUUGGACGAUGAGGAUAAGGGUGGCAUUGUACCUUGCACAGGCAUUAGAAUACUGCAGCAGCAGAGGGCGUGCACUGUAUCAUGAUCUCAACGCAUAUAGAGUUCUCUUCGAUCAGGAUGGUAAUCCCAGGCUGUCCUGUUUCGGACUCAUGAAGAAUAGUAGAGAUGGGAAGAGCUACAGCACAAACUUGGCCUUCACACCUCCGGAGUACCUCAGGACAGGGAGAGUGAUACCAGAGAGUGUAGUGUACAGCUUCGGAACACUUCUGCUCGACCUUCUUAGCGGAAAGCAUAUUCCUCCAAGUCAUGCACUUGACCUGAUCCGAAGUAAGAACUUCCGGACACUGAUGGACUCUUGUUUGGAGGGGCAUUUCUCAAAUGCUGAUGGGACUGAGUUGGUUCGAUUAGCUUCUCGUUGUUUGCAAUAUGAACCUCGCGAGAGGCCAAAUGUAAAAUCACUAGUUACUUCUUUGGGAUCGCUUGAAAAGGAUGCAGAGGUGCCUUCAUACACACUGAUGGGCAUUCUGAAUGGUCCUGUGACUUCGAAGCAAAUGAUUAAACUAUCACCACUUGGCGAAGCUUGUGCAAGAUUGGACUUGGUAGCUAUAUAUGAAAUACUAGAGAAGGUUGGAUACAAGGACGAGGAGGGCUUAGCGAAUGACCUGUCUUUCCAAGCCUGGACCAGCCAAAUCCAGGAGACUUUGAACUUUAAGAAGCAUGGGGACAAUGCUUUUCUAGCUAAAGAUUUUGAAACUGCAAUCGAUUGUUACACACAGUUCAUUGACGGCGGAACAAUGACUUCUCCGACCGUGUUGGCACGUCGAUGCGUAUCGUACCUCAUGAACAAUAUGCUGCAAGAAGCUCUGGGAGAUGCUAUGCAAGCACAGGAAGCAUCACCAGAGUGGCCUACCGCUUACUAUCUUCAAGCUGCUGUCCUUCUCAGCCUUGGAAUGGACAGCGAUGCCGAAGAAACGAUCAAACAUGGUGCCAAGCUUGAAGCCAAGCGGAAAACCAGAACCUGAUAUAUAAAUUAUCAUGUGAUUUAUUGUCAUAUCUUUUUUCUCAAUUUUUUUUACAAUUAGGUAUGUUUGUCUACUUUUUCUCGCUUGUCGGGAUGUGAAAGCUGAUUUUCUUUGUAUUAUGUUCGGAAAAUCGAGUUGUAUUUAAGAAAUAGAG